CGCCAGAACCGAGUGUGACGUUGGUGUUUGACGUUACUCGCGAACUGUGAAGGCGGUAACCAGGUUUCUGAAACCUGCCUCCGGCUCAAGCCCUGGGAACCCAAGUUUUGAGCCCACUGGGAGGUGCUGUCAUGGAGGAGCUCGACCCGGCCGUCGGAGGCUCCGGGACGUGGAGUCCCCCGGCCUGGACCCCGGCAGCCAUGGAUGAGGACCUGGUUUUGGCGCUGCGGCUUCAGGAGGAGUGGAACUUGCAGGUCUCGGAGCGCGAUCCGGCCCAGGAGCCCCUGUCUCUGGUGGACGCGUCCUGGGAGCUGGUGGACCCCACCCCCGAUUUGCAGGCCCUGUUUGUGCAGUUCAACGACCGUUUCUUCUGGGGCCGUCUGGAGGCGGUCGAGGUGAAGUGGAGCAUGCGAAUGACGCUGUGCGCUGGGAUAUGCAGCUACGAAGGCAGGGGCGGAAUGUGUUCCAUCCGCCUCAGUGAACCCCUCUUAAAGUUGAGACCAAGAAAGGAUCUGGUGGAGACCCUCUUGCAUGAAAUGAUACAUGCCUAUUUAUUUGUCACGAAUAACGAUAAAGAUCGGGAAGGGCACGGUCCAGAGUUUUGUAAACAUAUGCAUCGCAUCAAUCGCCUGACGGGAGCCAAUAUAACGGUGUACCAUACUUUCCACGACGAGGUGGAUGAGUACCGGCGACACUGGUGGCGCUGCAAUGGGCCGUGUCAGCACAAGAAGCCAUAUUACGGCUACGUGAAACGCGCCACCAACAGGGCACCCUCUGCUCAUGACUACUGGUGGGCUGAGCACCAGAAAACCUGUGGAGGCACCUACAUAAAAAUCAAGGAACCCGAGAGCUACUCAAAAAAAGGCAAAGGAAAGACAAAACUAGGAAAGCAGCCGGUAUCAGAAGCAGAGAAUAAAGGUAAACCAAACAGAGGGGAGAGACAGUUGUUAAUCCCUUUCAGUGGGAAAGGGUAUGUUCUAGGGGAAACCAGCAGUUCGCCUUCAUCUGGGAAAUGCAUCACUUCACAUGCUGUUAAAACCCAGGAUCUUUUAAAUCAGGGCCAUUCAGCAAAUGCCUUAAGACCCAAUUCGAAACCUGAGGUGACAUUUGAACAGAACGGUUCACGUGGAAAAACCUCCCUAGUCUCCGCAGCCCUCAGUUCCGGUCACCAAAGUGUUGUCAGCAACUACUUCUCGAGAGUCUCUGUCUCCCAGCACAAGGCUUUCAGAAGUGUGAGUGGGUCUCCGAUGAAAAGCCUCACAGUUGGUGACAUCACUAAAAACUCGGUCUCUUCUAGUUCUCAAAGGAGGGUGACAUCUUCUAAGAUACCCCGAAGAAAUCCUUUAAAAGCAGUGGAAUCGACAUCUGUGACUGCACCCCAGGAUGCAGGUGGGCCUGAAGAUAAAUUCCCAAGUAAACGACCCAGGCUCGAAGACAGGACUGUUUUCGAGAACUUUUUUAUCAAGAACGAGCAAACGCAGAGCGGCGGGAACGUGCCGGAGCGUGGUUCACGUCCUGCAGCUGCAGCGCCGAGUGCCAGCGGUUCGCCCAGUCAGAGCAGAAUGGUUCACUGUCCUGUGUGUCAGAGUGAAGUUGUGGAGUCUCAGAUUAACAAGCACUUGGACUGGUGCCUUGCCGGCGGGAGCCUCCAAGUCAGAAGCUGAGAAACUCUCUGAAGAAUGAGUGGGUCUCAGCCGGCCGCCCGUAUCACCUCAGAGCACAGUGCCGGCCGCUCAGGGAUUUCUGCUUAGUGCAGGUUAUCGCCUCGUUCACCCAUAUGCAAUGCUCUGUUUUAUGUAUACACAUACGAGAUCGUAACUUAACAUAUUUUAUGUCUAAAGGUGCUGUAAUUCCCUCUUAGGUAUGCUGUAGCCCAGAGUUUGUUCUGGAUGCAUACAUGUAUAAUUUUUAGAUACUUUUGUUCUUUCUUGCUUUUAAAAGUAUUUAAAUCUGUUAAUCUUUUUAUUUGCCUAUUUUCCUUAAAAUAGUGAGGAAUCCUGUCAGGUGUUUGGUUAAAUUGAAUAUUCCUUUUUUAAUAUUAAAACUCAUUCCCAGAACUGGUAAUAUUCAUAGUAUCGGACAUACUGACCAAAAAUACAACCUAGUUGUUUUCCGGUACUCAAGGUUUUUGGUUUUUCUUUUUUUUUUUUUUUUUUUUCCUUCAAAAUUUUAACAGGAAAUACAUUUCCUAUAUUAUAAAGAUUUUAAUUUCUCUGUUUCACUAAAAGGUGGCAGCAGAUUUUACGUUAAAUUAGAUAAGCAGAGUAAAAUAAAUUUCUUUUGGAAUAUCGCUAGUAACAAAUAGCCACUGUAAUUCUGUAGGCCAGAGUUGAGCUGAUUUCUCAGAAUUUUAGCAAAAUGACUGGUUAAAACUCAGUACUAAGUAACUGGCAUAUAUAACAUAACCAAGUGGCCUAGUUUAUGUACAAGUGGACCAUCAUCUGGAAACAGUAUUACGAACCUUAAGCCAAAGUUGAAACCAUUUAGGAAUAUCAUUUGUGUAUGUAAAAAAGUAUAUUUCUUUUAAAAAACAUUCUUUUCCACGUCCCAGCAAAGGGUCAGAGAUAGUUUGAUCCAUUUACUUUUUUGUCUCAUGGCUCUACCACCAGUGUGUUGGCAUAGUUUCAGGGCCUUAGUUCACAGGUUCUCUUCUUCUUAACUUUGUUGCAACAUGACUUCACAUAACAUAAGGUGCAGCUGGGUUCCCCGCUGAGUGCCCACGACCCGGGGGCAGUUAGAGAACAUUUCAGUUGCUGUGAAGUGUCCUCAUGGGCACCCCUUCCCAGUCAACACCCAACACCCCAGAGUAACCACUGUUUUCGUCUGUCACCACAGGUUAGUUUAGCUUGUUUUUAAACUUCAUGAAGUAGUACCUUUGUUGCUAUGGGUAGCAGAAGUUCAGUCUUUUCAUUGCUCUGUAGUAUUUGUAUGAAUAUGCCCGAGUUUAUUUAUCAUUCUGAUAUUAAUGGACAUUGGAAUUAUCUCCAGUUUGGGGCUGGCCAUUCUGAAUAAUGCUGCUAAGAACAUUCUUACUCAUUUCUGCUGAGCAUAUCCCCAGUCUGGAAUGCAGGGUCACCAGGUGCAUUUGUGUUUAGCUUUAGUAAAUGCUGCCAGUUUACAGUCCUGCCAGCAGUGUAUGAGAGCUUGUUGUUCAGCAGUCCCUUUCGUUUUAGCCUGUCUGGUUGAGUGUUUACGAGUUUUGAUAUUUCUUAAGCAUGAAGUUACACAAUAGUAUUUAAUAAAUAUUUAUAGA